AUGAGUCGAAAAAAAAGCCGGACAAAUAAAACUGAACGUGAACUGAUUUUGCGGUUACAUAAUCAAUGUCAAUCAUUACGUCAAAUAUCAAAAAUUGUCAACAGAGCUCAUAGUACUGUGAAAGACAUGAUAGAUCGAUACAGUGAAUGGAAAAGUCACGAAAAUAAGCAACGACCUGGUCGCCCAAAAAACUUUCUAACCAUAAUAAAUGUAUGAGUUAUACAAUGUCAAGCUGAAUCCAAAAAAUAAUGCUCCUAAAAUAGCACAAGAUUUUGCGAAUUUUUCUGGAGUACGUGUCUAUGUAAGUACAAUAAGAAAUCGUUUAAAAAAUAAUGAUUACCAUGGAUGGAUAGCUUGUCGAAAAAAUAUUUUAUAAAUAAAAAAAAAAAUAAACAAAAGAGAUUUAAUUUUGCAAGUAACAACUUAUAUUAACUUAUUAUUUACAACUCUAUUAACUUUUGUAACGAUGUUAUAUUUACAGACGAAAGUAAAAUUAAUAUUUUUGGCUCGGAUGGUAGACGUUUUGUAUGGAGAAAAGCGAAUACAGAACCAAAGAAUUUACAGCUUACAGUGAAAUACGGAGGAGAUACUGUAAUGGUUUGGGGAUGUAUAAGUGCUCAGGGUGAUGGAAAUUUGUAUUUUAUCAAUGAAAUUAUGAACCAAGAUAUUUAUUUAAAUAUUUUGAAGACAAAUCUUGUAGCCAAUGCUGUAAAAAUGGGCAUCAAAGAUGAUUUUGUAUUUACACAGGAUAAUGAUCCCAAAUAUAAUGCAAAAAAGGUCAAGGCUUGGUUGUCUUGGCUGACGAUGUUUCCAAUUUUUAAUUAA